GUGAAGUACUCCAGAAGCACGCUCCAGUAUUUCGUUCAGAAUUGGGGAAGCUGCGGGACUUCACAGCCAAGAUUCACGUCCAGUCAGAUGCGAAACCGAAGUUCUACCGACCACGUCCUGUCGCUCUAUCCCUGAGACAAAAGGUAUUCGACGAGAUAGAUCGCCUAAGGGGUUUAGGAGUUAUUACACCUGUAAAGUACUCAGAGUGGGCCGCACCCAUAGUUCCCAUUGUAAAGACUGACGGGUCUAUUCGAUUGUGCGGGGACUACAAAGUUACUGUGAACCCAGUUCUGUUAACUGAUACAUAUCCACUACCUCGAUCAGAGGAUCUGUUCGCCGCCCUAGCUGGAGGAAAGAUCUUCUCGAAACUUGAUUUAAAGCACGCUUACCUUCAGAUACCGCUAGAUGAGGCUUCCAAGAAAUUUACAACCAUCAAUACCCCUAAAGGGCUCUUCCAAUAUGAGCGCCUUCCUUUUGGAGUCUCAUCAGCACCCUCAUUAUUUCAACGUACAAUUGAGAACUUACUCAGUCACUUGCAGCAUGUAUGUGUCUACAUAGACGACAUACUCGUUACUGGUACUGAUGAUGCUGAUCACCUCAAUAAUCUUCAUGCUGUUUUGCAAACUCUAGAGGAGGCAGGACUCACUUUAAAGCAGUCCAAGUGUAAAUUUGGUGUUCCAUCAGUUGAGUACUUGGGACACAUCAUUGAUUCAGAUGGUCUACAUCCUUCAGAAGCCAAAGUGAAGGCUAUUCGAGAAGCACCUACUCCUACUAACGUCACGGAACUGAAAUCCUUCUUAGGACUAUUGAACUAUUACCACAAAUUUCUACCAGAUGUAGCCACU